AGAUCACCUCGUGACUCCUGACCUGCUUCACUUCCCUCUCUCUCUGUCUCUGACACACAGUUUCAGUUACUUUCACCGGCUGAAGUUGUCAUAAUCAUCAUGAACACUUUACUCGUGUUCGCUUUUCUAUCUGCAGCUUCAGCUCUUCCCCUGUCUCAACAAGAUGAGUUUCACUUCAAAUCAUGGAUGGAACAGCACAACAGAGAUUACAACAUCAGAGAGUACCCUAACAGACUCCAGAUAUUCGCUGAAAACAAAAGGAGGAUUGACAAACACAAUGCAGGAAACCAUUCCUUCUCAAUGAAGCUAAACCAGUUUUCAGACAUGACAUUUACUGAAUUUCGAAAGGCUUUUCUUUGGUCUGUGCCACAGAACUGUUCUGCUACAAAAGGGAAGUAUCUCCAAAGCAAUGGGCCUCAUCCAGACUCCGUUGAUUGGAGAAAGAAAGGAAAUUUUGUCACACCUGUGAAGAAUCAGGGAAGUUGUGGCAGUUGCUGGACUUUUUCCACCACAGGCUGUUUGGAGUCUGUUACUGCAAUCAACACUGGGAAACUUGUACCACUGUCUGAACAGCAGCUCGUAGACUGUGCCCAGGACUUCAACAACCAUGGGUGCAAUGGUGGCCUCCCCAGCCAAGCAUUCGAAUACAUCAUGUACAACAAGGGACUGAUGACAGAGAAGGACUACCCAUACACAGCUUUUGAUGACGCUUGUGUGUAUAAACCAGAAUUAGCUGCAGCGUUUGUGAAGGAUGUGGUGAAUAUCACAGCGAACGAUGAAAUGGGGAUGGUGGAUGCUGUCGCCACACACAAUCCUGUCAGUUUUGCUUUUGACGUGACCUCUGACUUCAUGCAUUACUCAAAGGGCGUGUUCACCAGCACUGUGUGCGAAAAAACCGCUGACAAGGUGAACCAUGCAGUGUUAGCAGUCGGGUAUGGACAGGAGAAGGACUCCCCCUACUGGAUAGUGAAGAACUCAUGGGGAGAAGGCUGGGGAAUUAAUGGAUACUUUCUUAUUGAACGUGGGAAAAAUAUGUGUGGACUUGCUGCCUGCUCAUCUUUCCCAGUGGUGUGAUCUCUGGGUGAUGUCAAACUACCAAAUGACCAAAAAGGGAGCCAUGUCAUUUAAAAAAACAACAGUUUUACUCUAAUUGAUUUUCUAUACUCAGUAGCAUUCUGUGUUUUAAUGUACUGUUGAUUUUUUUAAACAAUGAAUUAACAAUCAAUUACUCUCAUGACAAGAUGGAUAUUGACAUAUACAGAAUAGUCAAUACAUCUGAAACUACUGCUAAGGCAAAAUUAAAUGUAAUCAUACUUUAAAAUAAACUUCAUUAUAUCGGC